GGGCGCGGGGCUCGCCGGGGCGCCGGUGCCCGGGCCUGUGAGGGACGAGGCGGGCGCGGAGGCCGCCCGGCAUGGGCGAGCCCCGGCCUGGCGGGGCAGAGCCGGAGGGGCGAGCGGCGCGGGGGCCAGGCCUGCGGGGCGGGCGGCCCGCCCGGGGGCUGAGGUAGAAGUGGGCGCGGAGGAAGGGGCCGAGCCAAGACGGUGGGUGGAGCGGCGAGGGGGGCGGAGGCUGGGCCGCGGCGGGCGAGCGGAGCGGCGCGCCUGUCCGGAGCUCGGCAGCGGCAGCGGCGCCUGAGGAGGCGGCGGCGGCGGCGGGCCCUGACGAGCGCCCGGAGGUGGCGGACGCGGCGCCGGGGGCCCCCAUGGGCGGGUGUGUGGGCGCCCAGCACGACUCCUCGGGCAGCCUCAACGAGAACUCGGAGGGCACCGGAGUUGCUUUAGGUCGCAACCAGCCUUUGAAAAAGGAGAAACCUAAAUGGAAAAGCGAUUAUCCCAUGACAGAUGGACAGCUGCGCAGCAAAAGGGAUGAAUUUUGGGAUACUGCACCAGCUUUUGAAGGCCGUAAAGAGAUUUGGGAUGCCUUGAAGGCUGCAGCACAUGCUUUUGAGAGCAAUGAUCAUGAACUGGCACAAGCAAUCAUUGAUGGUGCAAACAUAACAUUACCACAUGGUUCACUUACAGAGUGCUACGAUGAACUGGGAAACAGAUACCAGCUUCCAGUCUAUUGCCUGGCACCACCUAUCAACAUGAUAGAGGAAAAGAGCGACAUAGAGACUCUAGAUAUUCCUGAGCCACCUCCUAAUUCUGGAUAUGAAUGUCAGCUCCGUUUGCGCCUUUCCACUGGCAAAGACCUCAAACUUGUAGUCCGCAGCACAGACACAGUGUACCACAUGAAGAGGCGGCUCCACUCAGCAGAGGGAGUGGAACCAAGCAGUCAGCGGUGGUUCUUUUCUGGCAGACCUCUCACCGACAAAAUGAAGUUAGAAGAGCUGAAGAUCCCAAAGGACUACGUUGUACAGGUUAUAAUGAGCCAACCUUUGCAAAACCCAACACCAGUUGAGAACUGAUCUGGUCCUAUUGGCUGGUUCCCAGAUCCCUCCCACUCCUUUGUAUUGUUUCCUACUCUGUGGCGUGAAAUUUAUUUUCACUGCUCUGAAUUCCGUAUAAUGGAUUUAGUUCUGAGGAAUUACCAGUGAAAAAUUCCAUCUGUGAUGGAGACCAACAAAAAUAAUUAAUAAAACACAAAGAGCUAGCAUUUGAGACUCAUGUAAUUACAAUUUCUAAUUUGAGGGGCAGUUAAGAAAUAGAUAACCAUUUAUUUUCAAACACUCAGCAACUAUGUAAUGGCUGUAUUUAAAUGAUUUGGACUGUACAUAGAACAUCGCAUCAAUGAGCAGCACCAAGCACCUUGUGAAUACAGAGUUUUUAUAAAAAUAAAAUAUAACUUCCAAAAAUCAAUAACAAUGAUAAAACUUGAGCUUUUUAGCAUGGAAACUGGAAAGAGCAGUAUUUGAGGUUUGCUUCUAUUCUGGUCUUAAUUCUUUGCUUAAUUAAUAUUUAGUCAUUAAGGAUUAGAGAUUGGCAAAUUUUGUCUCAGUAUUGCUUUCCUCAUCCCCAUAAGUUGAGUUUUUUAUUUACAUUCACACUAAAUUUUGAUGCCUUCCAGCACAUUGGUGGUAGGCGUCCUCUGGAACACUAGGCAAUAAUUUAGUCAGUGCAAUCAGAUCUCUGAUUUUCAACUGAUACUCAGUUGAAAAAUCUCUUUUCUCUUGCUACAUAGGUAUUUUAAAAUGUGUGUGUAACAAAGUGGUUUUCAUAUCCAGGCAUAGAAGGUCACUACUAUUUAAUACCUUAAAUUGUUCUCUCCACUCUGCUUGGAACUUUUCAGAACUGUGUUCCCAAAUGCAUGGAUACUGGGCCAGGGAAUGCAGGGAACCAAGCACAGCUGUUUCCACUGUAGGAUAAUAAAGUCAUUCUCCUUCUCCUCCAAUUUGCAGGAAGGGUGUGAGGAAACCCAUUCCAUCUGUGCCUAGGAGAAUUGUGCCUAUUUUCAGUCAUUUAAAGAAAAUUUUGACUCAUAAAUUCUAAUAUGAAAGGUUUACUGAUGUCACUUUAACAUCAGCAGUGAGACCAAAUGAUGAAAUAUUGCUUUAUACUUUAGUGCUUUCCUGUUCACUGUUACCUUAGUUAUGGUGGAUGACCGUUUUCCUCUCUCCUCUUGCCUAGCAAAGAGGCAAAUUAAGAACCAUCCACAGAUUUGAUUAUAGAGGACUGAAAAAUCCAGUGAGAUAACCUGAUUCUUUUGUACUGUAACUGAAUAAAGCUGCCAAGGAUUAUAUUUAACUUGGAGCUUUUUCAAGGUUGGUUCCAUUAGUGAGAGAAGGGGCUACCACAUGAUCACUGUACCCCUGAGAAUCCAUGAGAUGGAAAAUUAGAGGAAGAAGGUACUUAUGCUGUUUGCAGCAGGGAAAUAAUCAAACCUCCACACCUAUUUGGAUGUGAAGCACCAUUAUUAAUUUCAGUGGCAAAAUGAAACUGCUAAUUAGUCUAAAGGUAAUGUUCAAAAUGGUAUUAAACUUCCUAUAGCCUGCUAGAUCCUAUAUAAUAAAAGCCUAAUAUGCUAAGCGUCCAGUUGACCUGUUGGCCGUUCAACCAAUCAAAGUGUAAUAUGCUAAUGAUAUGCUAAGGCCGCUCAACCACUCGCUAUGACAUGCAUUGACCACCAGGAGGCAUACAGUCAACCAGUCACUAUGAUGUGCACUGACCCCCAGGGGGCAGAUGCUCCAACUGGUAGGUUAGCUUGCUGCUGGGGUCCAGCCGAUAGGGAUUGAACGAGACAGGCUGGACAUGCCCUGAAACCCUCCUGCGGUCCCUCCCCGGCCCCAAUCAUGCACCCGUGGGGUCCCUCGACCUGGCCUGCGUCCUCUCACAAUCUGGGACCCCUCGGGAUGUUGGAGAGCUGAUUUCUGCGUAAUCCUGCAGGCCAGGCCAAGGGACCCCACUGGUGCACGAAUUUGUGCACCGGGCCCCUAGUAUAAUAUUUAUCAUUGUAACACGUGUUUCUGAGAGCUUUAACUACUUCCCUUUUUAAUGAAAUUAUUUGAAUGAUUGUGGCUACAUUUAAUUUGAGUUUGCUGAUAAUUGAAUCUAAAUCCAACAGGAUGCAGCAGCAUUAAUUCCAAAGGAGUCUUUAUAUAUGGAGUUGGAGGUAUGUGAAUGCCCCAUCAUUAAAUAGUUUUUGUUCAUUUGUGUGCCACAUUGAAUCAGCAACAUCUCUCAAAGUUUGUCAAUUGGGAAAAAAGUGUUCAGACCUAUUUUUCUUAAGUAGAUCUGGUGAUAUCGUUAAUAAUCUAUGGUUUGUGGAAGGUCUUUUUUGUUUGUUGAAGAUUUAAGCUCUCAAGAGUUUAUUUUAAAGGAACAUAUACUUUGAAUAACAAAUACUGGGCAUGUUUAACUAACCUAGGUGAGAAAACUAUGGUGCUGUUUAAUUGUAAAUAGAUUGAUAUAAGAUUGGACCAAUACUUGAUGUGUACAAUUUUAGUAUGUAGGAUUUUGUGCUUUUUUUAAAAAAAAAGUUCAAAUUUU